AAUAAUAAUAAUAAUAAUAAUAAUAAUAAUAAUUCUCCAACCUCAAACUUCCAAAAUUCUUUUUUCUUAUUUAUCUCCAUUUUUUUUAAACAAAAUUUCACAAAAUUGAGUUACCAAUAUAACAUACUACCGUAUAAGACGAAUGUGGGUCUUAUAGCACACUACCGUAUAAAAUAAAUGUGGGUCUUAAGGAUGCUAUGUAAAUAGAUAUUAAUGAUAAAAAUAUAUCUUAAAAAUAUUAAAAAUAACUAAAAGAGUUAUUUUUGACCAAGACUAUAUACAUUUCUUAUUCAAAAUAUAUGAGUACACAUACUUUCUUUUUUUCAAAAUUUCUUAUUUAAGUACCAGUUUUUGCCCUUUCUAACUCUGUCUAGUUCUUUAUAUUUUAAACAUUUUCACUCUUUAUCUUUGAAUUUUAAAUUUAUCUACUUGGUUCUUAGGUUUUACAAAGUUAUAUUGUUGCCUCUUGAGUUAUACAUUUUGUUUCUAUUUAGUCCCUAUAAUUCAAGAUGAAUUAUUGCAGAGAGUAAAAUUUUAUCCGAUUAAAAUGAACAUGUGUGCAUAUAUAUAAAAGAAUGGAGAGAACAAACUCCAUUUAAUUUCAUUUUGUAGUCCAUAAAGCUAUAUGACUUCUUAUAUAAACAAACACUUUUCAAUUCUCCAAACCCUGAAAACUUGGAAACAUUAUUAGAGAACCAGAAAUGGAACAAACUCACGCCGUAACCGGAAUAAUCUUCGCCCUUGUCUUCUUUUUCUAUGCCAUGUUCAUUAUGCACCGGAGAUCUUUCGAUAAACGGAAGAGACUCCCACCGGAAGCUGGUGGCACUUGGCCGGUGAUUGGCCACCUCCAUCUACUCAGUACAAAGGAGCCAAUUCACAUAACGUUGGCCAAAAUGGCAGAUGCGUAUGGACCAAUAUUCACGUUUAGGUUCGGUAGAAAGAAGGCAUUGAUUGUGAGCAAUUGGGAAAUAGCAGCAGAGUGUUUUAUCACAAACGAUAGAAUAUUUGCGUCUCGUCCAAAGCUGCUUGCGUCAAAGCUUCUUGCCUAUGACUAUGCCAUGGUGGGGUUCAGCCCAUACAAUCCAUACUGGCGCUAUAUACGCAAACUAGCCACCCUUGGACUCUUCACAAACAAACGCGUCAAGCAACUCGAACGAGUUAGAGCAUCUGAGGUUCAUUGCUGGAUGAAGGAACUGUAUGAGUUAUACUGCCACCAAAACAAUAAGAAAAGUGAGAAAGUUGUGGUGGAAAUGAAGAAGCGGUUCGUAGACGUAACCCUUGACACCAUCUUCAAGAUGGUGAUUGGAAAGCGAUUUGCCACGGCCUUCGACGACCAUGUUGGCAGCGAAAAGUGUCGAAAGGCGUUGAAGGAUUUCUUGAAAUUCUUUGGAAAAUUCAUUCCUUCAGAAUCGUUUCCAUUUUUGAGUUGGUUGGACAUAGGAAGACAUGAGAAAGCCAUGAACAAGACUGCCCAAAUAUUAGACGAGACCCUCCAUAAAUUCCUCCAACAACAUCGAGAGAGGAAAUAUUAUUGCAAUAAAGGGGAGAUGGAAGAACAAGACUUCAUGGAUGUAAUGAUUUCUGCUGUUGAAGAAGAUCAUGGAGGACAUUUCAGCUACGAUGCUGAUACAAUCAUUAAAGCAACAUGCUUGAAUUUGAUAUUAGGUGGAUUUGAUACUAUGUCAGUUACAAUGACAUGGGCUCUUUCUUUACUUCUCAACAAUGAAGAUGCAUUGAAGAAGGCUCAACUUGAAUUAGACAAACAAAUUGGAAGAGAAAGACAAGUGAAAGAGUCAGAUGUAAAAAAUCUAUUAUAUAUUCAAGCUAUUGUGAAGGAAACUCUACGACUACAUCCACCUGGACCUCUUUUAGUCCCUCGUGAAUCUACAGAAGAUUGCACAAUUUCUGGCUACCACAUCCCAAGAGGGAUACGUCUCGUUAUUAAUGCUCAAAAACUCCAAAAAGAUCCACUUAUUUGGGAGCAUGCCUGUGAAUUUCGACCAGAAAGAUUUUUAACAAGCCAAAAGUAUAUUGAUGUUAGAGGACAAAGCCCUCAAUUGAUACCAUUUGGAAAUGGUCGAAGGAUAUGUCCUGCCAUCUCAUUUUCCCUUAACAUAAUGCAUCUUACGCUAGCAAACUUGCUACAUGGGUUUAAAAUUGAUAGACCAUCAGAAGAACUCCUUGAUAUGGAAGAAAGUCAAGGGUUGGCCAGUGAUAGAAAAGCUCCACUUGAAGUUGUUUUAACUCCACGACUACCCGCCCAAGUUUAUGAGUAAUUUUGCAAACUAAUUCUAGAACAGGUGUGUGAAACUAUUUCAAAGGUACAAAUGUGACUUACAAAAGAUGGUUCAAUAAUUUUGAUGUAUCUUGGACAAACAAGUCUAUUAAAUAUAUCAAUUCAGUAUAUUUUUUCUAUUGAGGAUCUCAAAUUGAAAAAUUGGAGAAACGUUACAAUCUUUACAAUCUAAUUUUAUUUUCUAGAUACGUACAUUCUUCUCCUGUUUGAUCAGCUUUUACACGAAUUUUUCCGGUACUCAAAAUAAAAACCAAAACUUUAUGUUAAAACAUAAAAUCCCACAAAGCCUUACAAAAUCUAAAAUCAAAUUUUAUCCUUUUAAAACGGUAAAAAACCAAAUAGAAAAAAAAAUGUAUUUGACUAGUAAUACAUACUCAACCACCAACAUACAACAUUGUUAUAAUAUUUAAGUUUUAUGAUCCCUUGGGGCUUCCAUUUUUCUUUUUCUUGUUCAUGUAGUUUAUACACCCUAAUUCAAGUGGACAAUUUUAUUUAUUAAUUUAUUAUUAUUUUCAAAUAUACAAAAAUCAGAGUAAAAUGAGACUAUUAAAUUACAGAUGAGAGUAAAAAGAUAGAAAAUAGAGUAAUAGAAUAUUAAUGGUGUUUGUUCAUAUUCUAAUAGUUUUCAUAAAUUAAUAGUAAAAGUAUUUUUGAAGUAUAAGAGUAAUUUUGAACUUUUUGAAAGUAAAAAAAAAAAAAAAAAAAAAAAAAAAAAAAAAAAAAAAAAAAAAAAAAAA